GACUUGCCAUUUAGCAAAUUCCCCCGUCAUCGCUUGUUCGCGCACCUCUUGUGUCUCGAUCUCCAUCAACUUUCUCUCCAGCGCUCUCACCACAUUGAGCGUCGGUACCUACCUGUGCACCUCUCGCCAAUAGCUACGAGUCCACGAGUCCUCAUCUGCGCCGUCAUAACUGGCCCCGUCGCGCUCGUCGGCCCUGGUCGUGAUUGUCGUCAAUGCCCCGAACAGCAUGUUGAGAUACGCUGCGACGUCGCUAGGGUGCUCGAUCCCGGCCUUUAGCACCAUCAGCUCACGCAGUGCCAUCUGACGUGGGAACGGGGGAGACACCAGAAGGCUGGAGGCCCUUGGAGCAUCACGCGCGUCGAGGGGGAUCUUGAGCGUACGGAGUGAGCGGCAGUGUUCGGCGAAGGUUGCAAGACAGGGAAGCGUGACGAGUUUGCCGCCGGGGUCGGCGGUCCAAAGCCACAGGUCGA